AUGCUACUCUCCCUCACAACAAAAUCACUCAUCGGAUUCAAAGCUACACACAAUUUGCUACCUUUUUUCUCAUACAUAAACAAUCCAAUCCACAAGCAUGUCUCUUAUUUCCCAACUUCUUGGUGAAGAGACUUUGGACCCUUUUCUUUCAAUGGUGAAUAAGUGUCCAGUUCUUAGCACCCCAACAGAUUGGAAGGAAACCCCCCAAGCCCAUGUCUUUGUAGCAGACCUUCCUGGGAUGAAGAAAGAGGAUGUGAAAGUGGAGGUUGAUGAAGACAGAGUGCUUCAAAUAAGCGGUGAGAGGAAUGUGGAGAAGGAUGAUGAUAGUGGCAAGGAUAUAUGGCACCGUGUUGAACGUUGCCGUGGCAAGUUCCUUAGGAGGUUUUCGCUGCCGGAUGAUGCCAAGGCAGAUGGAAUUAAGGCAUCCAUGGAGAAUGGUGUUCUUACAGUGACUGUUCCUAAGCAGGAGCUGAAGAAACCUGAGAAAAAGGUGAUUCAGAUUGAAGGAAACUGAGGGUUGAGAAAGAAACUAAGACUGUCAAAAGAAUGUAACAAAGUGUGUUGUGUUUUUUUGGUCAUUGGUUGAUGAUGUGUGCAUUUGCUUUGUUGUUUAAUGUAUGUCUACUCUUUCUGUAUAAUGGAAUGCAAUAUGCUAAUUUGUAAUGAAUAAGGCUUUUUUUUUUU